AAAGUUUUAAUGAUAUAAAUUUUUCUUUGACUACUACAAAUACUAGCAGUUAUGAUUCUGAUUCAUCAGUAGAAUUAAUUUCAUCAAAGAAAGAUAUUUUAUCAAGAAAAGAUUCUAAUUUUUGUUCAAAAGUUAAAGCCAAGGUCACGGUUAAUAUUAGUAAAUCUGAUCCAAUUCCAGCAAAAUGGCUUAUACUUGAAUUAAAUGAUUUUAAUAUUUUUCAACACAAUCUUGUUAAGCAUGUUCAAAUAUGUAUUGAUGAUAAUAAUUUCAAUAAUGAUAUCAAAGUCUCUUACAAAAUAAAUAGACAUAGACAAGCAAUGGCAUUAUAUGAUGAAGACGAUUAUGACGCAUUUAUUAGUGAAUACCAAAAAUUAGAAAAUUCAGACAAAUAUAUAGCAUUAUAUAUUGAGUUAAAGAAUUUAACUGAAGAAACCAGCAAUUCGGAUGAAGAAAUACCAAAAACAAAAAAAUUAAAAGCAAAUUUCAUACCGAAGGUUUCAAAGCUUAAUUCUGAUGAAAUUGAAUUGGCUAAUAUUAUUUCGCAAAUUAGAUCUAAAUACUAA